AUGAGUAGCUUCAAAAAAUCCAAGUCUACAGAUAGGGACCUUCACUCCACUGUUUUACAGUUAAAGUCCUCGCAUCAUACAUAUACCAAUUCAUCAAAGGCAUUCGAACUUCUUAGCGAUCGAAUCCAUAAUGGAGUAGUGAAUUGGAGUUCUGCUCUCCCGACGGCUGGUGAAUCUACAUUUACUGACUAUGAUCGACAUGCUCCAGUCAUUAGAGCCUUUCGCGAGUACUGGUGUCUUGCAACAAAUACUCUUCAUACGUCGCAAGGAGAGAUGUCUAUUUCCCUUUGGGAUCUUCAUGAAAUUGGCGGUCUCACUAUUACAGGUCGAUUUUAUGAUGAAGUUAUUCCAGCCACUGAGAGUCUCAACAUGAAGGAUCAUAAAGGCGUGUCUUAUAUCCCACACAUUUGUCGCUACUUAUUCUUAGCGUAUCACAAGAUUUUACGGGAUUCUAAAGGAAAAUCUGGACCUUCAAGGAAAACCAUACAGAACAAGUCAAAAAAGCCAAAGGAGGACUCUGAUCCAUCUGGUAUCAUUUCGAGGACACUGAAACGCACUGAGGAAGAGGAAGGGGUUUUUGAAGAUUUGGGUAUAGCUGAUGAAAACAUGGAAAAAUCCUACUUGGCUGCAUUCCUUACUUGUUGGUUGUGCAAAUUUGUAUUUCCUAAAGACGACGUAACUUUGAUCAUACCCGGGGUUUUCAAAGUUGCCAGUCAAAUGGCGCACGGUGUAUCAUUUGGCCUAGCAGUUCCAGUAUUGGCUAGCAUUUACUAG